CACACUUUUUGGGGCCUUGCAAAACCCUCGCGCGGCGAAAAAUCACCCUGCUCUGCCAAAGUCGAGCACGCCGGUUUCUCCACCCCCUUCCCAGAAAGACUCGCUACCACUCAGACAACAACACCAGUUCGACAUUCGAGCAGCACACAGCAGUCAAGAUGCCGUCCCAGAAGUCUUUCCGCACCAAGCAGAAGCUUGCCAAGGCCCAGAAGCAGAACCGGCCCAUUCCCCAAUGGAUCCGCCUGCGGACUGGUAACACCAUCAGAUACAACUCCAAGAGACGCCACUGGCGCAAGACCCGCCUUGGUAUCUAAGCGCAUCGUCGUUUACUCGCUCUCCCAUCCGUCGACCAUGGCCUUCACCGCUCCAAGUUCUCGCGCAAUUCUCAACCACGUGGAUAUCAUAUCCAGCUAGCGAGACAUGGUGUCAAGAAUCAUGACAUCACAAGACCUGACGUCCCCGACGUGAGCAAUCUUUUGGAGCACGGCAUGGACCCUUGUCCAAGACGCAUACGCAUCCGCUCCGCGAUCACAACUCUCUCAAAGCCAACAGAGAUCAGGAUUUACUUUGCGACACCAUAUACACGACAUGAAACGGCGUUCUAGGACAUUGGCGCGGAUACGCGGGAAGAGGAGACAAUGAGAGGUCCAUUUCUUUUGUCAUUUGUUUGCGGCUGUCGGUUUGUCAUUAUAUCACGGCUCGGAUGACGAAAGAAGGCUUUCGAGAUUUGCAUGGUACCGGUCAAAAGGGAAAAAUGAAAAACGAGUACUUCUGAAUGAA